AUGGGGUCCUCCUCUUCCACAUCCUCUAAUAGAAAGGGUUGCGAUUUGGCCUCCAGCUUUGACAACUUUUUUAAGAACUUCAAGGUGGAAAGCAAAAUCCUCUCUCAGGAAACCAUCACAUUGAUUCAAUCACGCCUGAAGGAGGGGGACCUUCAGAGAGCAGUUUCUGCAAUUAGUGAUGCAUUGAGAGACAUUGACAAUGCCCCACUGAGCAUUGCUGUGACUGGGGAGUCUGGGACAGGGAAGUCCAGCUUCAUCAAUGCCUUGCGGGGUUUGAAGCAUGAAGAAGAAGGGGCUGCCCCCACUGGGGAACUGGAGACAACUUUUGAGAGAACCAAAUAUGAACACAAGAAGUUUCCCAAUGUGACAUUAUGGGACCUGCCAGGCAUAGGGACCACUAACUUUCGGCCUCAGGAGUAUCUGGAGAAAAUGAAAUUUGGUGAGUAUGACUUCUUUAUUAUCAUCUCUUCUACACGCUUCAAAAUCAAUGAUGCACAUCUAGCAAAGGCAAUUAGAAAAAUGAAAAAGAAUUUCUACUUUGUCCGAUCUAAAGUGGACAGUGAUUUAUAUAAUCUACAAAGGAGUAAACCCAACACAUUCAAUAAGGAUGAAAUCCUGCAAAGGAUCCGCAAUGACUGUGUGACUCAGUUGCAGAAUGCCAAAGUGAGAGACCCUCAGGUCUUCUUAGUCUCCAACCUCGAGUUGUCUGACUAUGAUUUCCAAAGCCUGGAGACCGCCCUUCUGAGGGACCUCCCAGCCCACAAGCGCCAUAUCUUCAUGCAAUACCUGCCAAAUGUUACUGAUGCCACCAUUGACCAGAAGAGGGAUUCCCUGAGACAGAAGGUCUGGUUGGAGGCCCUGAAGGCUGGAGCAUCAGCCACCAUCCCUUUCAUGGGCUUGAUCAGUGAUAAUGAUGUGGAGAAGCUGGAGGAGACCUUAACCCUCUACAGGUCUUACUUUGGGCUGGAUGAUGCAUCCCUGGAAACCAUGGCCAAGGACUUUAACGUGUCAUUGGAGAAACUCAAGGCAAACCUUAGUUCUCCCCAUUUGCUAUCAGUUGAAAAGGAUGAUGAAUCAUUAGGAGAAAAACUGUUAAGAUAUGUGGAAAAAUUCUGCUCUGUUAGUGGAGGACUCAUUGCCACUGGUCUUUACUUUAGGAAGAUUUUCUACUUGCAAAACUAUUUCCUUGAGACUGUGGUGAGUGAUGCAAAAGUUCUUUUUAAAAAAGAAGAGAUUUUUAAGGACCUUGUGGGCUCUGGGCAAACCUAUCCACUUCAUAAUGUAGGGAAUGAAAAUGGGAAAAGUGAGGCAGCCAGCUCCUGA